AUGGUGCAGUUUAUCCAUCAAGCGCCGUGGGUGCAAUUGCUCAACAGUUGUGUCACGGAGGAGUUGGCAGCUACUAACCACAAGCCGCCGUUUACUAGCUUUCAGUUGGCAACCAUCGAUUCCGAGACGGGCUACCCCAACAACAGGACGUUGAUCUUUAGAGGGUGGCUAUUUGACAACAAGUCGUCGAACGUGAUUACGUUUACCACCGACAAGAGAAUGACAAAGUACCAGGAGUUGCUUGCGAACGACAAGGUCGAUGCCGUGUUUUGGUUCAGCAAUAUUCGGAAGCAGGUGAGACUCCGGGGCCAGGCCAAGCUACUAGACCAGGAUCACCAUCCCAACGUGUACAUACCCGAGAAUGUGCAGGCGCGGGGAAGAGAGGCGGGAGACGUGGAAGAAGGUGAUUAUAACUCGACUCCGCAGAAACAGCAGAUUCACACUACACUAAUAUCUCCCAACUUUGCGGCUAAAAACUCGAGUGACGCGACCCUCAGCCCCGUUGAUCUUGUACCACCCACCAGUGAAGAAUGGACGCAGGAGUUGGAAAGACACUGGAACAGCCUCUCUAAAGCAAUGAAGACCUCGUUUCGGAAACCCAUGCCCAAGUCUCCUAUAAACGAGGAGGACCUGAAGUUGAUUGACAAGAUCCAGCGAGGUGUCGACGGCAAGAAAGACGACGAUGGGUUGAAGAAUUUUGCCGUGGUGGCCGUAUUCGUGAACCACGUCGACUAUUUUGAACAGGAUAAGGACAAGAGGUAUAUUUACGAGUUGGAAGAGGACAACCAUCUGUGGACCGAGCAAGAAGUGUGUCCUUGA